AUGGGCAUCCAAGGUUUUCUUCCUCAAUUGAAACCUAUUCAAAAUCCUGUUACACUGCAUCGAUAUGAGGGACAAACUUUAGCUAUUGAUGGCUAUGCUUGGUUGCAUCGAGCUUCAUGCUCCUGCGCUUAUGAAUUAGUAAUGAAUAAACCUACUGCGAAGUAUUUACAAUUCUUUAUCAAGAAGAUAUCUAUGCUAAAGAGAUAUAAUAUUGAGCCAUAUUUAGUAUUUGAUGGAGAUAGUGUUCCUGUCAAGAAAGGUACUGAAUUGAAAAGACGUGAGAAGAGAACAGAGAAUAAAACAAUUGCCGAAAGACUAUGGAAUUCAGGUGAAAAGAAAAAUGCAAUGGAUUAUUUUCAAAAAUGUGUUGACGUAACGCCAGAAAUGGCUAAAUGUGUUAUCGAUUAUUGUAAGACAAACGAUAUUAAAUACAUAGUGGCUCCAUUUGAAGCAGAUCCACAGAUGGUUUAUUUAGAGAAACAAAAUGAAGUUCAAGGAAUAAUAUCUGAAGACUCCGACUUAUUGAUCUUUGGGUGCCGUAGAUUGAUUACUAAAUUAAAUGACUACGGUGAAUGUAUUGAAAUUUGUCGGGACGACUUUACCAGGCUGCCACGAAAAUUUCCAUUGGGCCAGUUAGAUUCCGAAGGUUUAAGGACAUUGGUAUGUCUAUCUGGAUGUGAUUAUACAGACGGUAUCGCUAGAAUUGGUUUAGUAACUGCAAUCAAGCUCGUCCAACGAUAUAAAAAAAUGGAUCGUAUUAUAUUAGGCAUUCAAAGAGAAGGUAAAUUCAAAGUAUGUGCAGAAUUCAUUGAAGAAUAUCGCAAAGCAGACUAUGCAUUCCAAUACCAAAGGGUCUUUUGUCCUCAGCAGAAGAAAAUAGUUUCUUUGAAUGAAAUCCCUAAGGAUUUGAAUGUGGAAUCUUUAAAGUUAAUCUCACAAUGUAUCGGUUGCGUAAUAGGACUAGAAUCCCAAGUAAAACAAGAAAUCGUUGACGAAAAUGACAUUGAUCAUCUAUUACAUUCGCGGCUGGCUUUUGGUGAAUUGCAUCCAAAUGAUUUUCAUAAGCGAUUAGUUAACCGAGAACAUAAACUUCAAUUAGUUUCUAAAUCAGAAGCACAAAUAUCGCUGACAGGAGAAUUGAUAGAUAGUACAGCAAAUAAAGAGAAUAACAAACCUAUAGAUUCCUUUUUCAGAAGGAUCGAAAAAAAGAGCUCAUCUAAAGCCAAAAAUAAGAGUUUAAUUUCAAAGAAUCAAAAGGUCCCCCUUUUUCUCACUCAGAGCGCAUUUAAUAUUGAUACUAGAAAAGGGAAAGAGGAGAGAAGUGAUAUAAAUAACCCAACUAAACGUAGGAAAUUAGUUGCUGCGCCACCUGUUAGAAUUUUAACAUCAAGUCGAUAUUUCUCUAGAAGUUCAACGGAAACAAAAACAGAUACAGCGAACGAGGAUGAGGAUGCUACGUCAGAAGAUGCCAUAUCAACAGAAAUACCGGAAUCAGAACUUCCGACAGAAGUUCCUAGCUCAUUGGAUUAUAUUACAACGGCUAUAUCACUUCCGGAAACUGCGAAUCAAAACGAUGAACCAUUCUCAGGCAAAAAUUUCAUGGAAGAUGAUGGUAAACUAGGUGAAAAUGAUACUGAAGUACUAAGUGAGAUUGAAUUCGAUUAUGAAGUGGAAAAUCCAAACAGUUUGAAAGAUACUAACAUUGUCAGACCAAAUGUAAAGGAUAGUUUCUAUCGUACAUCUUUGACAAGAAAUAAUACAUCACCUCCAAUUUCUCCAUUUUGGAAUACACUACAGAAAUUUAGAUAUUCCAAUUCUUCUGAUAGGCCCGAAUCAAGAGUACCGUUAACACCUCGCCAUCCUAAUAGACAAAGUGAAAUGGUACAUCAUUCCUUAGAAAAUCACGUUUCUGAAACGCGUAAUACAAAGGAUGUCGUAACAAAGCCUGGCCUUGCCAUUAGCAAAUAUAGCGAACAUGCCACUAACCAUCGUCCACGAUCAAAAACACUUGUUGUUCAAAGUGGAGUUAGGGAGAAUACAAAAACCUUAGAUAUGUACAGUUCUACAAAGAAGCAAGAAGAACAAAAGGUCAUGUGUACCGCAGUACCGGCAAAAAGGUCUGUUUCUUUGUUGUCUCAAUUCGUUUAUAGCAACACGAAAAAUGGAGGCUGA